AUGGAGAGGGCGACGCCGGUGCGGAGCCCGCACACCUCGACGGCCGACCUGCUCACGUGGUCGGCGACGGGCGCCGACGCCUCCGCCGCCUCGCCGGCCGCCCCGUCCCGCCCCAGCCUCAAGCCGGCUGGGGGGAUCACGCCGGCCAUGUUCGGCGCGCCGGUGAGCGAGCACGAGGCCGAGGAUCUGAGCAACAGUGAAAGGAGAUUGAUGUCCGGUUCAAAGAUGAAGGAAAUGACUGGGAGUGGGAUAUUUGCUGAAAAGAACGAGAAUAGUGAUUCAGAGUCUUCAAAUCCUGCAAACAGAACUUCUGUGAGGAUGUAUCAGCAAACUGUAACUGGAGUAAGUCAGAUCUCAUUUAGCGCUGAUGGAAGUGUUUCUCCAAAGAAGCCAUCCUCAAUUCCUGAAGUGGCUAAGCAGCGAGAGCUUAGUGGCACAUUCGAGACUGAUGCUGAAGCUAAAAUUAAUAAGCAGCUUUCUGAAGCCAAGAACAAGGAGCUCAGCGGAAGCAAUAUCUUUGGUCCACCUCCUGAGACCCCUGCAAGGCCACUGGCUGCUCGUAAUAUGGAGCUACAAGGAAAUGUAGAUUUUGCACUUCCACAACGAAGAAGCGUGCACACAUCAGUGAAAGUAUCCAAUCCUGCUGGAGGUCCAAGCAACAUCACGUUCAGUGAGGAUCCUGUAACGAAGACAGCAAAGAAAAUUCACAACCAGAAGUUCCAAGAGCUGACAGGCAAUAACAUCUUUAACGAGGAUGCUCCCCCUGGCUCAGCCGACAAGUCUCUGAGCUCAGCAAAGCUUAAGGAGAUGAGCGGCAAUGACAUCUUCUCUGAUGGAAAGGCGUCUUCGCGAGACUACCUCGGCGGUGUCCGGAAGCCACCUGGUGGCGAAAGCAGCAUUGCACUCAUCUAAUUAUGGUAGACUGCUCUAGUCGGGACUGGCUAGUACGUCCUCAUUUCAGGUGCUCUCCUUGGCCUUCCCGGGUCUAGAUGAUGCUUUGAGAUCUGAAUUAUGUUGGAUAUCUUAGCCCUAAUAUAGUGUAGAGUCAGCAGGAUCUGACUCGGCUCAUGUCAUGUACGCCUGUGCGUGAUCUCAUCCUUGUUUUGUGGUACUUAUGUAUUAAUCUCUCUGUACUGAGAACCUGCGCAAUAAGCUUUUUAUGGACUCAUUCGGUAUCAUUGACAAGGCAAUUUGCAACUCUUUUAUCAGCUAUGCCAGGAAAGAUUCAGCGGAA